CAAGAAGAAUGACAUCUGAAUGUCAUGAGGCAUGAAGAAAGAACACCAACGAUGGGUCUGUCUGCAGUAACACAGGCUUCCUCUGUGUCGUCAAGUCAACAAAUCAUGACCAAUGCUCAAGCUGCAGCAGUUAGGUUUGCAAGAAACAACUCGGUUUGUUCCCACUGUGGAAAGCAGGGACAUGAAGUAAGUCAAUGCUUUCAAGUCAUCGGAUAUCCAGAGUGGUGGGAUAAGAAUGCAAAACCUGCAGCAGGUCGAGGGAUGGAUAAAGGAGGGCGAGGCAACGGAUCUGACUCACAAGGAGGCAGAGGACGUGGUCGUGGAACUGGAUUUCGUGCGUACAACACUCAGGCUGACACGCCUGGAGAACAAGAGCUGCAGCAGACUCAAGGGAUUCCAAACUUCACAAAUGAACAAUGGGCAACCUUGACUCAGUUUGUGAAUUCACAAAAAUCAAACAACAGUGAGAAGCUUGGACCUCGCCUCGAAGACUUUGAUUGGUGCGGGUGAAGAGCAUAAUGGGGUUUUCAAGUAUAUGGGAACCGUUGCUGUUCAAAC